GCUUUGCCAAGAGCGACCGGGUGGACGCACGCAGGCUGGGAAGGAGCGAACCCCAAGAAGCCCACAACACGCAGGGGCAGAAGAAACUCUGCCUCCGAACACCAGCAGCACCAUCCGGGCAUCCACCGAAACGCUCGCCGGAAACAAGCGUGUCAUGGCCCGCGCGGAGGGAGAAGGCAUGCCAGAGACAACCGUCGGAGUCGGGGUGAUGCUGAGCCGGCGGAGGAGCAAAGGCAGGCGGAGAAAGCGAAAGGAGUUGUUCGCUGUCCAGAUGUGCUUUACGGGCUUUCUGCUGGGACUCGUCGCUGGGCUCCAGAAGGUUGCACAACACGGAGCAAACCAUGUUUCCAUUUCCACAAAGCUGGAGGAGACUAGGUGGGACAGUCGUCACCUUCUCCAAGAUUUUUAUGACAACCAGUCCAAGCCGUUCUCAGAGAUUGACAAAAACUGCACCGAACCAGCUAUCCACGAGUUCCCCAGAGAUUACUUCACCAACCAGGAGCGCAUGGAUGGAGCCGUGGGCUUGCAUGUCCUCUGUGCGGUCUACAUGUUCUACGCUCUGGCCUUAGUGUGCGAUGAUUACUUCGUUCCCUCCCUCGACAAGAUAUGUGAGCGACUUCAUCUGAGUGAGGAUGUUGCAGGGGCGACCUUCAUGGCAGCGGGCAGUUCAGCUCCUGAACUCUUCACCUCGGUCAUAGGAGUGUUCAUUACGAAAGGAGAUGUGGGAGUUGGCACUAUUGUCGGCUCGGCUGUCUUCAAUAUCCUGGUUAUUAUUGGAGUUUGCGGGAUAUUUGCUGUGCAGACGAUCCAUCUGUCCUGCUGGCCUCUGCUCAGAGAUUCUGUCUACUACACCCUCUCUAUCUCCGCUCUUAUUGUGUUCAUCUAUGAUGAAAAAGUUGUUUGGUGGGAAGCUCUCACGUUAAUUCUGAUGUAUUUCGUCUAUAUUUUGAUCAUGAAACUGAACUCCCAUGUCGUUCGUUUUCUGGAGAGGAAGAAGAAAUACUCAUCCAGUGUAAGGAAUGGAGCGGCAAAUGGCGAACUGGACGAUGGCUCGGAUGCGACAGCAGUCCUGUUGAAGAAAGCAAACCACCACAGGAAGACCUCAGUGCUGAUGGUUGACGAGUUGCUGUCAGCGUACCCCCACCAGCUGUCUUUCUCAGAGGCCGGCAUGAGAAUAAUGAUCACCAGCCACUUCUCCCCCAGAACUCGCCUGACCAUGGCCUCCAGAAUGCUCAUCACUGAGAGGCAGCGUCUAAUCAACACGCGGACUUUGACCAAUGGGGACUCAGAUGGCCCGGUGAAAGGAGGGGACAGGCGGGCCACGGAAAACGGGCUGUCUGGGGUGGAGAGGGGUGCCGGCGUGCGAGAUCACGAGACGGGCAACGAUACGGAGAACGAAGACAACGAGAACAACGAGAAUGACGAAGAGGAGGAGGAAGAGGAUGGAGAAGGGCCGUUUGUGCCCUUCAAGUGUCCAGGUGGUGUGUUUAACAAACUAAAGUGGCUGCUCGCCUGGCCUCUGUGUCUGCUGCUCUACUUCACCGUGCCCAACUGCGCCUCACCUCGCUGGGAGAACUGGUUCAUGCUGUCCUUCAUUUUUUCUACCCUGUGGAUUGCUGCAUUUUCCUACAUCAUGGUGUGGAUGGUCACAGUGAUUGGCUUCACUCUCGGUAUCCCGGAUGUCAUCAUGGGCAUCACCUUCCUGGCAGCGGGUACCAGCGUCCCUGAUUGUAUGGCCAGCCUCAUCGUGGCUAGACAAGGAAUGGGUGACAUGGCAGUGUCCAACUCCAUCGGCAGUAACGUGUUUGACAUCCUGGUGGGCCUUGGCCUCCCCUGGGCCCUGAAGACCCUCGCUAUUAACUACGGCUCUGAUAUCAAAUUAAACAGCAAAGGUUUGAUUUUUUCCGUCGGGCUUCUGUUGGCUUCCGUGUUCCUGACGGUCAUGGGGGUUCACCUCAACAAAUGGACGCUGGACAAACGUCUCGGUUUCACGUGUCUUCUCUUCUACUCUGUCUUCUUGUGCUUCUCCUGCCUCAUUGAGUACAAUAUCUUCAUCUUUGUCAACCUGCCAACCUGCAGGGAUGACUGACACACACACACAGACACACACACACACUGAGAUACACGCACACACUUGAAGGUGAAAGGUGUUUUUGUCUGACACCCGGAUGUAAUUACCAGGAAGAAUUAUGUGCAAAUACUUACCCACUUGUAUCAUGUUUUAUUGUAUUUAUGUAGUAGUACUCCAGUACUACUAGUAAUCAGUGCAAUAUGGAGCUUCACCGGUCCGUGUGAGCUCAUACGAGGAGGACUAACUGGACUGCCAAUGGACGCCAGGAGCGACAACCCCCACGUGUUUCUGCUGUGGGGGACUUUUAUUUUGAAACGUUGACUGGCUGCUACACUUCCCUGCGGGGAAGCGCGGGUGUUUACGUCUACAAGUCACAAUACCGCAUUGACCCCAAUAUAAACCCUUUUUUUUUUUUUCCGCCACCACCACCACCAAUAGAUUGCAGUCCUAUGGGAAACACGCACUUAAAAUAAACAUUAAUUUUUGGAGAAAUCCUGGCAUCGUCACAUGGCCACCACUCCAAAAUGUCAUAUAUUGUGGUUUUAUACUCGGGUCAAUGCUGUCAUUAUAUGUGAUCGGUGAGUAAAAGAGUGCGGUUUAGCACUCACCUGAUAAAAAUGUAUUGUGUAAUGUAAUGUAUUAAGGGACACAUAUUUGAUAGUAUAUAUUGUACAUACAAAUAUAAAUUUUUCAGAUUGAAUAAUGCAUCUUAAGGCUAUGUUAACACUGCAGGUUUUGAUUCCCAAUUCGUUUUUGUUUUUUUUAAAUCCGAUCUUUUUUGUGUAGUCGUUUACGUUACAAAAAAUAAUGUGAUGCCUACUAUGAACAUAAUGGGUCCGUGACGUGCCACGUGCGGCAGCGUGUUUACUAAAGUAAAAAUGUCUCCAAUUCGGUUGAAAGUGCAAGGAUUUUGUGCAACUGGAGUCAACAUUUUUUUGCCUGGAUAUUGUAAGGAUGAGGGCAGAGAUUUCCUGUCCGUCAAUUUUUGGUGGUUAGGUCUGAGCGUAAGCUGCCCGGUUCAGUCACUGCUUCCCUUUGCACCCGGUGUUCUGUCAAAAUAAGCUACCUAACGCUAAGACGUUAAGUUUUCUCGAGCUAAAUACCCACGAAAAUGAGUGCCCUCGUGUAGAUAAAGAGUUGACUACAAGUAAUUAAUUAUUUUAAAGUAUAUUUCUUUCAUAGUUUUUUCUGAGGAGUUGACAUGGGCAUGGAUUCUCAAACUGUAGUGGUACGCGGGCGCCAUCUACUGUAUAAUGCAGGGUUCCCCAAACUACGGUCCGCGGGCCGGAUCCGGCCCCCCAGCAUCCAAAAUCCGGCCCACGGGAAGUCCCAAGUUAAAAAAAAAAGUGUUUUAAUUUAUUUUAUUUAUUUAUUUAUUUUAUCUUUCCUUUCUAAUCCAUUUUAUACCGCUUGUUACUCUCGGUGUCUCCUAGCCGCUCAGGCAAAUCAUGUUGUCUAAAAAUGAAUUUUCCCAUCGAUAAUGUGACAAUGUUAAAUGUUGAUGAACAUCAAUGUUAAUUGAUGUUAAAUGACAAAACGGAUUAACUCGCUGGAAUAUAAAGACAAUGUAUAUAUGUGUAUAUACAUAUAUAUAUAUUGUCAACAAACAUGAAUGUACCUAUCAACAAAACAUCAAGUUAAAAUGUUAAAAUUAUAAUUAAAUAUGUGCACUGUAUAAUUACAACACUCAUUAAAACUGUAAAGAUAUUACUAAUAAUUGACUAAAAUAGGAUGACAAAACUAUUUAAAUAAAAAAUAAAAAUAAAUUAAUAAUAAUUAAAGUACCAUUACAAAAUUUAAAAAAAAUUAAAUAAUUAAUUAAAAAAAUAAACAUCAAAUCGAAAUAAGUGUCUGACACAAGAGCGUAAAUUAGCAUGGUCAUCUGUGACUAAGCUGCCAAAGAGAUAUAUAUGUAUAUAUACAUAUAUAUAUACUAUAUAUAUAUAUAUAUAUAUAUUAGUGAUGGGUUGAUGAGGCGUCAUGAAGCGUUUCGACACAUUGCAAAACUGUAUUGAUACUGUGUCGAUACUGUGUCACUAAAUACUGACAUCUGCUGGACAUUAAAAAUCCCUACAGGCAACCUAUGGACCGACUCAACUGACACUGAUUUUAUGACCUAGUAUAUACAAUAAUAUAAACCAAGUCAUUGUAUUUCAUUUAGGAUUAUUUCAUAUCUUCAUUUAAAUACAAAUAUAUUUUUAUCUUUUUUAGAUACAGUCAAUAAAUAAUGUGAACAUGUAUCAUAAUAUGGAAAUCUAAGAGAGUGUGUUGUGAAUGAGGAUGCUUGUGGACUGAGAAUAUAUAUAUAUUUUUUUUUACACAUUUUUAUUUUAAAAAAAACGUUUUUCCAGCGUAAUAAAUUGCAGACGAUUUCUCUUCUUAGUUAUUAUUUCUCCGGCUGUAGAAAAGACCCGCUCACAGGGCACAGAGGAGGCGUCAGUGCGACACAGUUCGCGUAAUGGUCACGUGACCGAAACAGCUCAUGAUCGGUCACGUGACUUUCUAAAAACGGUACGUGCACCAACACAGGGUUUUGCUCUAUGAGCUCGACGCAUGCGCCGAUGCAUCUGUGUUGCCGGACU